AUGACAAUACAGAAGAAAGCAAAGAGUUUUAAGAACAAGACAAUUGAGCCAAUUCGCCUAUAUGCAAGAGCUGUAGUAACAGGCUAUAAGAGAUCAAAGGUGAGACAGACUCCAAAUAUCUCGUUAUUGAAAAUCGAAGGUGUAAAGACUAAGGAAGAUACCAGAUUCUAUCUUGGGAAACGCUGUGCAUAUAUUUACAAGGCAAAGAAAAUAAAAAAUGGGACAAGAUUCCGUGCUGUUAUGGGUCUAAUAAGAAGGAGCUAUGGGAAUAGUGGAGUUGUAUGUGCUAGAUUCAGAAAGGCAUUACCACCAUCAAGCUUUGGUGGUAGAGUAAGAGUAUUUAUGUUUCCAAGCAAUAUUUAA